GAAAUCAUUCAACAUGGCGGCCCACAGGGUAGCAUGUUUAGGGUUGAAUGCCCUUUAUUCUUCUGUGUGCGCCCCAAAGCAGGCCCUGAGGAGCUGCUGGGGGGCGGUGGAGCAGGUGAGGAGUUACUAUGUCGACUGGAGGAUGCUGAGAGACCUCAAGAGAAGACAGAUGGCUUUUGAGUAUGCCGAUGAAAGGCUACGGAUCAAUGCACUGAGGAAGAAUAGCAUCCUUCCCAAAGAACUUCAGGAGGUGGCAGAUAAAGAAAUUGCAGCACUACCACGGGACAGCUGCCCUGUGAGAGUACGCAACAGGUGUGUGAUGACUUCAAGACCUCGGGGAGUGAAACGGAGGUGGCGACUGAGCAGGAUUGUAUUCCGUCACUUAGCUGACCACAACCAGAUAUCCGGGAUUCAGAGGGCAAGGUGGUGACUGGGGAUCCAUUAUGCUCCCGUUGGACUGGAUCUUAAACAUCAGGAAAGGAGGAUAUCAGUUUUCAUGCAUAGUUAUUUCAGACUUUUGAUGUCUAGAGUCUUUAGAUGUAACAGUGAUAAACCAGUACCACCAAGACCCACUAAAGCACGGAAGGUGUUCACGUUUAAAGUGAGUCUACAGUGAUAACUUUCUGAUUGUUGUCUCUCCUGGUCUGUAGGUUUUUGUUUUUUUGCUUAUGGCUCCUAUGAAGAACAUCCAAAUACAAAUGUAAAGAGAAAUGGUGAUGUGUCUCCUAACUGAAGCCAAUGUUCCUGUACAUUAUUUUACUCCUAAAUGUAUGAAUAAAUAUUGUUAUAAAUGAA